AUGCUCGCUUGUUGCAAUGCUCACUUCACGGGCUCUCUGCUCAAAACAAGCUGCUCAACCUUGAGAACCAGCAUCACCAAGCUGCAAUUACUACUAGGAAUAGGCCUAGAACAUGAGAGGCGUGUGGAGCGUGAAAGGAAGAAGGAAGAGACCACACAGAAGAAGGCUGAAGCACAGGCAGAGAAGCAACGCAAAAAGGAGGCUUGCGACGCUGCCAAAUCUAUACAAUUGACCCAAUUGGGCAAGCGCAAGGCCUCACAAAUGGCGCCUACAAAGCCUCGCAAGAUGCAGAAGCGUGCGGGUGGAGCUGUGGGUAGUUUUGUGGCCGCGCCGCCCACCCUAAGCCCUCCACCCAAUACCACCCGCCGCGGCCGCAAUGUCCACCUUCCCAGCAAAUAUAAAUAUCGCAAAUUAAUUGCAAGCUUCCAAUUACUACUCCAGCACAAAUUCUUGCAAUCAUGA